GGCCGCACGCCGCGUUCGUCCCGCGGUCCGCUUGCGUCGCGUUGCGGCUUCAACCGGUCCGUCAUGCCUUGCGGUGUCCCAGCUCAGCUCCGACGCAAUUGAACGAACCCGCCCUGCGGUUCUACCCCUCACUGGUGGCGGGGCAGGGGCAGCAGGAGGAGCGGCGGAUGUGGGGAGCCCCUCGCGUCGGAUACCGGACAACCGGCCGGACGUUGUGUUUACAUCCACGCACAGCGAGAACAGGCGGGGACGCGCGCGCGCCGCGGACUCCAACGCAGGCGCGGACGAGCGCGGAAUAAACGGGAUCUCCCCGCAGAUCAAGCGUUUGAAAGUAGCUGAUUUUUAAAUGUUUUUAUUCAUUUAUUUGUUAUCACAGCCAGAGACACUGAGGCUGCAGCACAACAGGGGAGUUGAAAUGCUCGUGCACGCGGGGAUCCGAUGCUGAAUGCAGGGAUGCACAGUACAACAGUAACACCCCCUUGUGGUGUGGAGGAAUGAGGGCCUCUGGAUGAAGGUCAUGGAGCUGAAAGUUUGGGUGGACGGAGUGCAGCGCAUCGUGUGCGGCGUCACAGAAUUCACCACAUGCCAGGAAGUAGUCAUUGCUUUGGCGCAAGCCAUUGGACGCACCGGCAGGUACACUUUGAUCGAGAAAUGGCGUGAGACAGAACGUCACCUGGCACCGCAAGAGAACCCCGUGGUGUCCCUCAACAAGUGGGGUCAAUAUGCCUGCGACGUCCAGCUCAUCCUCCAGCGGACCGGCCCGUCCGUCAGCGAGAGGCCCGCCUCCGACGGGCUGGCUCGCGUCCCGGAGCGGGGCUUCUACCGCCAGAGCCUGCCGCCUCUGGCCAAGCUCCGCCCGUCAGGGACAGAGCGCUCGCUCAAACGAAGGGAACCCAAGCGCAAGUCUCUGACCUUCACCGGCGGGGCCAAGGGUCUGCGGGACAUAUUUGGGAAAAGCAGAGACGCCGAAGCCAAACAGUCCCAGCAGCGGGGUGUGAGUCUGAGCCUGAGCAGGGUUGGAGGUGUUGGAGCAGGAUCUGUCCCUGGGAGUCCGGCCAGAGAGCUGAGCCGGUUGGUGCAGCUGCAGCGAGACAAACUCCAGGCCCUGGAGAGCCGUCUGCUGGGCUGCGAGGGCGAGCUGCAAGACUGGGAGGAGGCCGCCGCCGAUGAAGGAGGAAACUUGGAGGAGGAGCUGCUGCAUUUGGAGCAGCAGGUGAGGAGGAACGAUGCCGAGAUGGAGGAGGAGGAGUUCUGGCAGAACGAGCUGCAGAUUGAGUGCGAGAGCGAGCGGCUCCUCCGGCAGCAGCUAGCGGAGCUGCAGGGCCGCGUGCGCGAUUGCGAAGUUAAGCUCUCAGAGUACCUGGCACACAUACAGCGCAUGGAGGGAGGCCUGGAGCAGGAGCAGCUGCAGCAGGAGGCCGAGCUCAACCAGAGGGCCAACGAGGAGGAGGUGCAGGCCCAGCUGGAGAAGGUGAGGGCAGAGCUUGAAACGCAGAGCCAACACACAGCCCGGCUGGAAAGCAGCUGCAGGGCGUUGGAACACUCACUUGGCCAAUCGAGCAGCAGAUUACAGGAGAAGGAGCAGGAGCUGGAACAACUGACUAAAGAGCUGCGACAGGUCAACCUGCAGCAGUUCAUUCAGCAGACAGGCACCAAGGUCACUGUGCUGCCGGCUCAACCUGCAGGAGAUAACAACAAUGUAGACUCCGGUUCUCUGAAAAGACACGGCUCUUCUCGGCUUUUACCCAGCAACCUUCGCACCCUUCAAAGCGCAGGGAAGUCCAGCCUCAACCCUGAAGGCAUCUACGUUUGAGCCCCAAACCGUGCGGGAGACAUUAUCUGAGCAGCAGGGUCGGCCUGGUGGUAUCGGGGGGCCGGAAGGCUCCCCAAACUGCUGAAAUGCCGUCGAGCAAGGCACUGAAACAAUGUUUGGGGGGAUGAGUGAGGUAUCACACAAAAAAACAAACAGUUCUCCCAUCUGUUUCGCAUCUUUCUUGCUCGGUCUCGCCUUCCAUUUCCCGAGGACUGAGAAUCCAACUGAUGUCAAAAUCCAUUCGCAAACUAACAUUUAAACCCCCUGUACUUCAGUAACUGGGUGAAGAAUCCUCUUAAAGCUUGAAGCCAGGUUAUUGUUAUAGUUAUUGAGGAGGCUUCAGCAUAAUAGAUACACUUUUCUUUGUGCGUGUUGUGAAUUAUAAAUAAGAGGAUGCAAAGUUUGGACGUUUACAAACGCAAUCCAUGCACGAGCAUGCGUAAACGCCACACCUGCGCUACGACCUUAGCCAUAUCUGAUUGCCUUACUGGUUUUAAAACCAGACGUCAAUAAUGUUAAAAGGUAGCUUCUAAACUAUGCGCCAUAUCAAUUUGAUAAAAUGCUUGGCACCAAUUUAGGUGGUACGUAAUCAUGGUAACUGAUGUCAGUGAAAAAGUGGCUUUUUCUUUCACAUAAGUCGUUUUUUAUUUUAUUUUGUAUUGGUUUAAAAUAGAAAUGCAUUUGCUUCAUAUUUCUUACAUUUGCCCAAAAUGGAAAAUUGUUUGCCGGACAUAUAAAAUAAAUGAUAGACGAUAAUGGAGGAACAAUCUUUAACUAUCCAACAUUUCGGGUUCAGUUUUAUGUCCAGUUUAGUGCAGAGCUAUUAUUCUCCUUAGUUUCACGUCAGCACUUUGUCCAGAAGCUCAGAAACAUGAAAGAAGUGACGCGCAUGAGUGAUGGCGGCGGCCUUUUGAGCCCUAAGUGUAAAUCCAGCUUGGAAAGUUUAUUGAUGACUUUAUACCCAGUUUGACCACCAGGUGGCGACAAAACAUACAUUAUCCACAGGUGUGAAAGUUAACUGUGUGGAAGCAGCCUGAGGUCUGGUAUCUGUCUCUAUUCAUUGUCAUGGGUCAAACGUGACUGCAUAUUGUCUUUGUUUCAACGCUUCCGCACUUUAGCCAAAUAGUGUGUAUUCUGAAGUGCCACUUGGGUUGUUGGACAUAUUUCCCUGGAUACAUCAAACACAAACACAUACUUCACAAAACAGUAUUCCACCCACAUACUGCAGUCUUUUGUUCCGUCACAUUUUUUAUAAUGAACUAAAGAUGUCUCUUAUGAACCAAAGCCAGUGUGAAAAACUAAUAGUUAGAUGAAUGUACUUUUUUACGUGAAUGCAACUUAUGUACUAACGCGUCAAAUAGUGGUCAUGCUUUAUGGAGUCAUAGUUUGCUAUGACAGAUGGUUGAGCUCUUUGUCUUGUUGCCACUCGAUUAAAAGAAGUCGACGGAACUUUUUUUCUAAAACACUUUAAAAAAAAGAGAAUUACACAAAAGUCUGGUGUAUGUUGUAUCACCCAUUUCCAAUUAAAUGUUGAGAAUAACAUUAACGCAGAAUGAAAGGAGAUUUCUCAGACGAUUUCUGCGAUGAAAGUCACACAAACUGCGUAGGAAUGUGCGGGUUGAAAUGAGGGUCCAUAAGCUUUUGAACUUGAAACCGCUUUAAUGUAUGUGGUUGUCUGUCAAACCUGUGAAUUCUCCUAAGUGAGACUGUCUAAAAAUCUUUUUUGAAAUUAUAUCAAUAAAACAUGGAACAAUAUCAAUAGAACAGGAAACAAAUGCCUAACGGUCCUGCUUUGCGCUGUAAGAACAAGGUUAAAAUGCAUACAUUUAACUUACAUAUGGGUGUGCUUGUGCAACUUUGGGGUCUGAAACAGUGUGGGAAUUUAGAGCACUGAGUUUCACACGCAGCUUUAUCAAUUGGAGUCUGUGCUCAGAUAUUCAAAAGCGGUUCUCCUGUUCCAGAGUUUGUGCAGUCGUAUCUUUCAUGUACAUUGUGCGCAAGUUUCACAAGUUACCUUCCUUAUGAACAACACAUCAUCAACCCAUACGUUAUGAUGUAUUAGUGUGGGCUAAGCUACCGAAUACUAUCAAUAUUUUCAAAUUAGCUCCACCUUAACCAGCGGCAACAUUAAAGUGAUGUUUGUUCAUUUGUAUGAUAUAAGGAGUACUUUUGAUAUACACUCAAGUGAUUCUCCUUUUUGAAGUAAGUUACUUCCUCAACCACUCACUUUUGUUCUUCAAAAUCUACAAAUCCUUUUACCAACUGUAAUUUUCUCGAGUUUUUCACAGGUUUACCAAGCGUGAAACACAACCACAAGCUUUGAAAUCAUUUCACCAGCUCGAUAUCUUAUUGAUCCUGACUUGAGCCCACAGGAAGAAACUUGUAUUUGUGCUGUGAGCGAUAACAAAGUGAAUUCUCCCCUCCGGUGGGACGAAUCUUCGUUGUUUGCUCUGCAAAUUCACGUCACGGCUGGAAAAAGUAUUCUCAGAUAUUUACUAAAGUUUUUCUCGCGCCUCCCCCCUCAGUAUGCAGCAUCAUCGUCAUGACAACAAGCUCAGCUGUGACACAGAAACUGAAACUAAAUGAAGUGGUGUUUGACUGGAGGCUCUUGGAUAAUGGCAUGCCUUACCGGCGGGGAAAAAAGAAAUGUAAAUAAUGUCUACAUAUCACAGCAGUCUACGGACUUAAAAAAAAAAAAAAAACGCGGAUAGAAGUCUGAAAUAUGCAGAAUGCUCUAGAGGUUAGAUCUUAAAGCUGUCGCUCAGUAGGCAGCUCUGCAUGCAUGCAAUAAUGUGUGAUCGGUUUAUUCGGGCUCCCAAUUACUGGCUUUCAGGGAACCAACAAUUUGUCAGAGAAUUUUAUUGUUUGGUUUUGUUGUGUCCCUUGUUGCUGGCAUUAACACUGAUUGAGAUUUGAACUCUGGCAAAGAGCGUACAGCCACGAGCAGAAGAACAGUAAAACCUGCACAUUACCGUCUUUCAAUCUGAUGUAAUUCUGGCAAAGAUGCCAUCUUUGGAUGUAAUAGAUAACCACGUUGCAUUGAAACAUGACGUUUACAGAAAUUGCUAAUGGGUGCUUUUUAUUGUGCCGUCACUGGUGCUUCUCAGUAAUGGAGCCAAAACAAAUGAGGUGAUGGAGCCAUUGUGGAAACGGCCAUCGAGCGGCUUGGAAAGCUGAAGUAGAAAUGCAGCGGCUCAGGGAUAUCUCAAGGCACAGACAAGAAUGGG